AGGUGCCGCGGCCCCCACCCAGCCGGACUCACAGCGGGAGCGUCGGUCGAGGUGUAACGCAGGAUGACCUGGAAGGGCUGGUGCGCCUGCAGCUCGGGGGGCAGCGUGACGGGAAGCUCCUAUGGACCCCGAAGAGGAGGCAGAGGACAGCUUGGAGCAGCAGCAGCUGGAAGAGGUGUCUGUCCAGCUGGUCCAGGGCGAGCAACAGUGGCCGGAUGGCUGUUUCUACCGGGGACAGUUUGGACUGAACAUGAAGCUGGGAUAUGGCGAGUUCUCCUGGCCCACAGGGGAGUCCUACCGCGGGCAGUUUUACCGGGACCACUUCCAUGGCUUGGGUACCUACGUAUGGCCGGACGGCUCCAGUUUCACAGGCACUUUCUACCUCAGCUGCCGGGAAGGCUAUGGCACCAUGUGCAUGAAGACAAAGACCUUCCAGGGGCUGUACAAAGCUGACGAACGGUUCGGUCCGGGCGUGGAGACCUACCCCGAUGGCAGCCAGGAUGUCGGGCUGUGGUUCCGUGAGCACCUCAUCAAGCUGUGCACCGAGAUCCCCGGUGGCUUCUCCCUGCUCCAGCAUCCUGAGCUCGCCAGCUUCUUGGUGCACUGUCCAGACAGACUCAGCCUCUCGGAUGAGGGCAGGGAGGAGUGGGGCGUGCAGCAGGCACAGGACCCCUUUCUCUACGAGUACAAGCGAUUCCUCCUGGAUGACGAGCUGACGUUGCCACUGGAGAUGUAUAUCUACUCAACUGACAACUGCCACCUGCCCAUGACAAGCUCCUUCCGCAAGGAGCUGGACACACAGAUCUUUCUCAGCGAUAUCCCUCCAUUUGUGGAGGAUGGAGAGCCCUGGUUCAUAGCCAAUGAGACACCUUUGUUGAUCAAAAUCCAGAAGCAAGCCUACAAGUUCAGGAACAAGAAGGCACAUACCAGCUGGAACAUGGGUGCCAUCCUGCAGGGGAACCGCAGUGGCUUUGCGCAGUGUGGGCCCAAGGAGCGGCUCUCCAGGGAGAUGGUGCUGAAGGCUGAGGAGGGGGACCGUGACUGGAUUGCUGGGAUACUGAAGGACAACCUUGCCAGUGCUGAUGUGGCCGAUGCCAAGGGCUACACCGUGCUAGCUGCAGCUGCUAUCCACUGUCAUCUGGACGUUGUCAACCUCCUUCUGGACUUUGGGGCCGACGUGAACAAGUGCACAGAUGAGGGCGUCACGCCGCUCACCAUGUGCUUUCUGCUCUACUACCCGGCCAAGUCCUUCAAGCCCAACAUAGCAGAGAGGACCCUGCCCGAGCCCCAGGAGCCUCCCAAGCCCCAGAGUGUUCCCAACUUCACGCUGUCUUUGGUUGACGUGGACGCGGAGCCCACGGAAGAGGUGCCGCUGGUGCUGGAGCCCGAGCAGCCUGAGGACUGCCCGGGUGCAGACUGCGGGCUGUCCCCGGAGGCCGCACUGGCGAGCGGCGAGCAGAGGCAGGACCCCUUGAUGAGACACAGCGCCAGCGACACCGACCGAGGGCUGGAGACGUCGCCCAACCUGGACAAGUACACGCUCUACAGCGACGGGAGCGACUUUGAGUCUGACCUGAGUGUGUGCAAUUUUUGCAUCGAGAUCUCACAGGACAUCCUGGAGAAGGGGGCGCAGGCCCAAAGCCUGCUGCCUGCGGCUCCCACCCCCGACAAGGGGACCGUGAGGAAGAUGGCGCUGUCCGUGGUCGAGCACAGGAACAGGUGGCUGACCAUCAACCUGCUGCUGCACCGAGGCGCUGACCCCAACCUGUGCCACGUGCCUGUGCAGGUCCUGUUCCUGGCCGUGAAGGCCGCGGAUGUGGACGCCGUGAAACUGCUGCUGGAGAGUGGGGCCAGGACCGACAUCCGGCUCCCCAGGCAGCUAGGGGCCCUGACCCCACUCCACAUUGCCGCUGCCCUGCCUGGGGAGGAGGGCGUCAGGAUCACCGAGCUGUUACUGCACUCCAUCACCGACGUGGACGCUCAGGCGGCUGACCAGGACUACGUGUACAAGCCCAGCAAGCUGGACCUGCUGUCCUCAAGCCUGAAACUCAACAAUGAGCCUGGCCCACCCAGUGCCUACUACCUCCCUCCCUCCUCACUCCCAAAGGAGGGGGGCCGGACCGCACUGCACGUGGCCUGUGAGCGCGAGGACAAUGACCAGUGUGCCACAGAAAUAGUCCGGCUCCUUCUCUCCCAUAGAGCAAACCCCAACACGCUUUGGAGUGGUCACUCCCCAUUGUCGCUGUCCAUUGCCAGUGGAAAUGACCUGAUUGUGAAAGAGCUUCUGUCCCAUGGCGUGGACCCCAACCUGCCCCUGACCAAAGGCCUGGGAAGUGCCCUGUGUGUGGUCUGUGACAUUGCCUACGAACAGCUGAGGAGCACCAACAGCAGGCUGGCCCUGGUUGACCAGCUCAUCCUCCACGGGGCCGACAUCCUGAGGCCCGUGAUGCUGACGCAGGGCGACAAGGUGGCUGUGGGCACGGCCGUGGACUAUGGCUACUUCAAAUUCUUCCAGGACCGGAAGAUCGCACAUUGCCCAUACCACGCGCUGAUGCCGGCGGAGCGGGAGACCCUGCUGGCCCGGAAGAAGCUGUUAGAGCACAUGGGCACCCAGCUGCGCCUCGCAGUGCUUGCCAAGGAAAGCCAGUGGGACCCAAAGGCACUGUACCUGAGCAAGAGAGCUGAGCUGGUCACAAGCCACAGGCUGAGGAAAAGGACCCCCAGUGUGCGCAAGACGUCAAGUGCGGAGGACCCUGGGAGUGUCCCCUUCUUCAAGUUCUGCUAUCACUGUGGCCGCUCCAUCGGGGUCCGCCUGUCACCCUGCACACGCUGCUACGGGAUCAUGACCUGCAGCAAGCACUGCAAGACCAGAGCCUGGGCCGAGUUCCACAAGAAGGACUGUGGCGACAUGCUGGCCAUUGCCAAGAUGAACAAUUACACCUCCCCCUGGCUUCUGCGGCGCCCCCGGAAGUCCAGCAAGGCCGCCGUCCUGGACACUGAGAGGAAGUGGCUCCAAGGUCACCAGAAGCCCACACUGGCCACCUACAAGCUGCAGUGAGCGUCGGGCCCACCCAGGCAGGGGAAGGAGCAUGGAGGAUAGGUGGGUGUGCACACUGUAGCCUGGGCCUGGCUAUUGCAGUGCCCAGGAGGGCUGCAUCCAGCCCGUGGGGGAUGCCCCUGAAGCCCCCAUGCCAGGCUGCUGUACUCUGCUCCCCCACCCUCAAGGGCAGGGUUCAUGAUGGACCACAGCACUCCAGGGCCCCUGGGGAGGGUAAGCUGCUAAACGCUUGUCAGCCUGGAUUGUGCAGGACCAAGGCACCCCA